AUGUCGACCCCGAAAUUCUCAACAAAAUUCCCAACAACCCCACGCCUUGGUCACUAUGAUGUGGUAAUUGUCGGGGGUGCUACCAGUGGCUCGUCUAUUGCCUGGCACUUGCAAACCACAACAGGCUUCCACGGCUCCGUCCUCGUCGUCGAGCGUGACCCGUCAUUGCAGUUCUCUGCAACAAAGGCAAGCAACAACUGUAUGCGGCAGCAGUUUGCUACCAAGAUCAAUGUGGAAAUCGCCCAGUAUGCUGCCGCAUUUGUCAAGCGCUAUGGUUCCAACUUUGGUUAUGAUCCAUGUGUGCCAGACGACCCGAUCCGAAACUUCGGCUAUCUUUACCUCUCCGGUUCCCAGUCAUUCACAAAGGUUCUCCAAAAGGACCAACAGGUCCAGGCGGAUUGUGGUGCAGGGACCGACAUUAUCUCUGCGGAGGAUGUCAAGCGGAAAUAUCCAUUUUUCUACACUGGUGACCUCGAUGCUGGAAGCUUGAACACCAAAGAUGAAGGGGCCUUCAAUGCUAUUGGUAUGGUUGAAUGGAUGCGAAAGUCGGCGCAGGAAAGUGGCGUCGAUUACAUCAACAAUGAAGUCAUUGAGAUGGUUACAGACGGACCCCAAAUUCAGAGUAUCAAGCUACGCAGUGGCGAGAGUAUCUCAGUCAACACCGUCGUCAACGCUGCCGGUACUCGCGCUGCCCAAGUCUCCAGGAUGGCGGGCAUCGGUUUACCAAUUGAGGCUCGACGACGCUAUACUUAUAUCUUCUCGGUCGACGACCCACUUCCUCAAGAUCUUCCUCUGACUAUUGAUCCUACGGGUGUCCAUCUCCGGUCUUACGGACCAAACGAUUAUCUCGUUGGUUGCCCACCAAUUGGUCCUGACGUCGCGGUGGACGUUGAUGAUUUCAGUUUUGCAGAGAAUGCUUGGGACGAGAAGAUCUUGCCAAUCAUUACUCGCCGAAUUCCUCAGUUCAAUACCGCACGGGUUACUGAUUCCUGGAUGGGCCAUUACGAGUUCAACACGUUCGACCACAAUGCCAUCGUUGGAGCACACGAUACUAUGAAAAACCUUUACUUUUGUGUCGGCUUUUCUGGGCAUGGAAGUCAACAGGCACCGGCUUGUGGUCGCGCUGUGGCAGAGUUGAUUGUGUACGGUGCGUUCAAAACCCUGGAUCUCAGCGUUCUUUCGUAUUCGCGGAUUCCGGAGAAUCGUCCUUUAACGGAGCGAGCGGUGAUUUAA